UGCCUCAGACCUGGAGGAGCAAGCAGACUCUGCGAAGAUCAGAAUCGCAACAAUGAAGAUCACACUCGCUUGCAUCGCUCUCCUGGUUCUAGUCGUGGGCCGCAGCACCGAGGCUGUGCAGGUGGAGGAGAACGGCUUGUCCUUCUCCCUGGAGGCCGUCAAGAGACUCCAGGAGAUGUUCGAGAGCGUCAGGACACCCCUGCAGAAUCCGCGGCUGCGGGCCAGUUCCCCGUCCAUGUGCGAGGAGCCCAUGCUGCCCCAGGAGCUACUGCCCCUGUGCAAGCAGAAGGGGGCGUCAGCAUCACUCGCCAGACUCGCUAUGGUGCCGCUGGACGUCUGCGAGAUCUGUGCCUUCGCUGCCUGCAGCGGCUGCUAAGCCGACACUGCAAACGCGCUUGGUUUUCUGAUUUGUAUUUGUCUUCAUUUCUUUUAUUAGAAAAAACAAACACCAUUUCUUCAAAAAAAGAAAAAAGGCCAAAAGAAGAACAGGAAUCAAAAAGGAGUUGCUAAGUGCCAGCUGUUACUUUUAAAAAAGGGGGAAAAAAGCAUUUGCCACCUUGUUUUGUCAUUGGUUUAAUGUUUGAAAUUGUUUUUGUUACAUUUCUGUCUUACCAUACUUUGUGUACCUAUUUAAACAUCUACUUCUAUAUUAUUGUUUGGAAUAAAAAUGUGUGCAAGUCA